CCGACCAAUGGGAGGAGGCGGGGGCGUGCCCGUGAGGCGGGCGGUGGCGGCGUGGGGCUUCUUCCUCGUGUUCCGCGUUGAUCCCCCGGCUGCCGCCGCUAUCGCCACCUCUGCUGCCGCUGUCGUCUCGGCUCCUCCCCGGGGUGCGCAACGCACGGCUCCUGCUGGUGUCCUUGGAGCAUGGGAGACUGCUGAGUUUGAGAGGCGGGGUCCGGCAGUAACUGCGUGUCUCACCCCGUGGCAGGGAGGGCGUCCAUGGCUGCAGCCAACAAGGGCAACAAGCCCAGAGUCCGGAGUAUCCGCUUUGCGGCAGGCCAUGAUGCAGAAGGCUCCCAGAGCCAUGUCCACUUUGAUGAGAAGCUCCAUGACUCAGUCGUCAUGGUCACCCAGGAGAGUGACAGCAGCUUUCUGGUCAAGGUUGGCUUUCUGAAGAUCCUGCACAGGUAUGAGAUUACCUUCACUCUGCCCUCGGUGCACAGGCUGAGCAAGGACAUCAAAGAGGCACCUGUUCCCAGCCUGCACCUCAAGCUCCUCAGUGUCAUGCCUGUCCCAGAAGGUUACAGCAUCAAGUGUGAGUACACAGCACACAAGGAAGGCGUCCUCAAGGAGGAAAUGCUGCUCGCCUGUGAAGGUGGUGCCGGCACCUGUGUGCGUGUGGUGGUGCAGGCACGAGUCAUGGACCGGCACCAUGGCACACCCAUGCUGCUGGAUGGUGUCAAGUGCGUGGGUGCUGAGCUAGAAUACGACUCGGAGCACAGCGACUGGCAUGGCUUCGACUGAGGCCCACGCCCCGGCCCCCCUCGGGACCCCUCAGCCUUAAUCUCCACCUCAUCUCUCCAAAUGCUGUGUGAUGGUGUGGCUUCGUGGUCCCUCCCCGGGGUGGGUGUGGGGGAUUGCCCAGGGGCCUCUAAGCCACGGUGUCACUCACACCUCACCUCUGCCUUCAUUUGUGCCAUCUCCCUGCCUCUCCUGCACCCUCGUCUUCCCACUUCCUCCUCUCCGUGUGCCUCAGUCUCCUGCCGGAAGAAAUGGGUUGAGCCCCCAAGGAGGCUAUCUGAGGGGGAAGGGGAAGGACCUGGGGUGGGUUCAACCCACUCUCCACUGCAAGCCAUAGGAGCUGCAGCCAGAACCUGGGAGAAAAGGGAGCUGGCUCUGUGAUGUCGGAGUCCCCAUUACUGCUGCUGCUGUCUUGUUUUGGCCACCUGCCUCCUCCCUCUUUCCCACUGCUGUCCAUGGUGAGUAGGAGGGAGGUGCAGUUACCAGCCCCUACCCCCCAGGUGUGUGUUACUUGGUUUUUAAAUGACGGAUUGGGAUAAAACCCUAAAGAAAUAAACUUUCAGUGGAU